AAACGACCGGAAGCCGGUCUCGUUGUUCUGGCUUCACCGAGCAGCUUCACGUGUUCCGAUCACUGCAGACAGACUCUAAAACAUGACGCAUCUGGACGGGAUCGUUAAGGCGAAGACGCGGCGCGCUAAGCGUUUCCUGCAGAGCCGCGAGCCGAAGCUGACGGAGGGCCUGAAGAACUGCAUGAUCAUUAAAGGCGGGAACACCAGCGAGACGCUCUCUCAGGCCCUGAAGGACGUGUACGCGCUGAAGAAACCCAAUGCUGUGCUGUAUAAGAAGAAGAACAUGGUCCGGCCCUUCGAGGACUCCACGGCUCUGGAGUUCUUCUCCAAGAAGUCCGACUGCUCCCUGUUUCUGUUCGGCUCACACAACAAGAAGAGACCCAACAACCUCAUAUUCGGACGCAUGUUCGACUUCCACGUGCUGGACAUGUUUGAGCUGGGUGUGGAGCAGUGUGUGUCUCUGAAGACCCUGAAGAAGGACACGUGUCCCGUGGGAACUAAACCCCUGCUGGUGUUUGCCGGAGAGCUGUUCGACACGGACCGCGAGCACCAGCGCCUGAGGAGCGUCCUGACAGAUUUCUUCUGCGGUCCGCGAGUGUCUGCGGUGCGUCUGGCUGGACUGGAGCACGUACUUCACUUCACAGCGCUGGACGGCAGGAUCUACAUGCGCAGCUACAGGGUGCUGCUGAAGAAGUCGGGCUGCCGGACGCCCCGGGUGGAGCUGGAGGACAUGGGCCCGUCCUUCGACUUCACCAUGAGGAGGAGUCACAUGGCCUCAGACGACCUGUACAGAACCGCCCACAGGAAACCCAAAGGAGUGAAGCCCAAGAAGAAGAAGAACAUCUCCCAUGAUGCCUUUGGCACCAGGUUUGGCCGCUUACACAUGCAGAAGCAGAACCUGGACAAACUGCAGACGCGCAAGAUGAAGGGCCUGAGGACGAGGAAGAGGAGAGGAGAGCCGGCCGAGAGUGUGUCCCCGAAGACGGCCAAGACUGAUGUCUGAACACACACACACACACGACACUGCGGACUGAUGGAGUGUGUUUUACACUUCAGAGCUUUCACACACCUUCUCUACCAGAUCCUCAUGGAAAUAUGAUGCAAUAAACAGAUUUUUCCAGAUAA